UUGCAUUUUUGGCCAAGUGUGGGAACCACAAGUACGCCUGUGGAAAUGUAAAUGUGCAAAGGUCAUCUGAAAGAAAAACUGAAAGAGGAGCACUGCUGAACAUUUCGAGGAAUUAAUUAAUCGGCAGAAAAUAUAUUAUGUUGUUUUCUGGUUGCUUUAAGUUUUAAUAAAUUCUAUCACAGGAAAUAAACCAAUUUUGUUCUAUUUUAGUCGAUUUUCGGAAAAAACAAAAUACUUUAAGAUAAAACCAGAAUUUGACCUGAAGAUAAGAAUUUAAAGAUAACCUGAUAUUUCAAAAUCAGGAUAAAAUUACUUUUAAAGAAGGCUCGGACGUAUUCAUAAAGCAAUCCUGCUGUAAUAUAAUAAGCAUAGAAACUUCAAGGAAGAUAUUAAUGAAAUACAAAGUGAAAAUUUGAAAUUUGUAUUUGAAUCAAAGAUGAAUCUUUCAGAAUUCUUUAUGUGUACAGUAUUGUUUUUCUUUUUGCGCCCAAGAUGCAUUUCCUGUGACAAACAACGUCCUUUUUACAAUAUAGGACACAUGGUAAACAGCAUUGAAGAAAUUGAAGAAUUCUUGAGAAAAGGAUCAAACGUUUUAGAGACAGACAUUCAGUUUUUUCCCAAUGGUUCGGUAAAAGAAAUCUAUCACGGAAGCCCUUGCGACUGCGGAAGACAUUGUGAAGGCAAAGCUAACCUCAGAGAUUAUUUGAAACAUCUCAGAAACAUCACCGACCCAAACACACCGGGUAAUUAUUACGAACAGCUACUGAUGCAUUUCUUCGAUCUGAAAUUGGAUACAUCAAAUGAUAAAAAGGAAUCCGGACGCGACAUUGCUCGACACGUACUGAAUUACUUAUGGAGCGAUAAUGGAGACAGGAAACAAGAGAUGAGAGUGCUGAUUUACUUUGACAAUAUUAAAGACAAAGAUGUUGUUCUCGGGUUCAGAAACGAAUUCAAACGCCAAGGACAAACGUCUCGCCUAAAAGACGUUGGAUUUGAUGGAGGCAGCGGAAGCAUUUCGGACAUCGAAAAGACUUUUGGCGAUUUAAAAAUAGAAAAUGUUUGGAUCGGUGAUGGGAGUUCUAACUGUUUUUCUUUUAUCAGGCCAGACGCCCGAUUGAAAAAAGAAACAGCUGUCAGGGAUUCUAGACACGGCUUCAUCAAUAAAGUUUAUAAAUGGACCAUCGACUUGCAUUACUUGAUGAGGGAAACUUUAAAUCUUGAAGUGGAUGGAAUGAUCACAAAUGACCCUGACAGACUUCUGGAAAUAAUAAAAGAACCCGAAUUCGAAAAGUCCCUUCGAUUGGCUACUGUGGACGAUAAUCCAUUUGAGAAGUACAUUGACGAAUGACCGGCUGUUCCUGCUAAUCAACAAAUAAUAACGGAAAUCAAGUUGCCAUGGAUACUACAUAGAAGUCAAUAUAUUUUCAAUAGCAUUGCUUGAGCAUAUUUCCUGCUUCACAAAGGAUACCUAGAAAAUAUUUGGCAAAAUUUUGAUGGCAAAUACAGUUUAAAAUAAGCAUUUUAACAUGAUGAUAUUUUCAAAUUGGCAGUUUUCCUAUAAACUGAGCGUUGUAAAAUCGAUAAUUGUAGUAACGUAGUGAUCGGCAGGACAACUAAUGGACCUAGAGUUACCGCGUUUGGUAACUUUAGGUCCAUUAGUUUGGCCUGAGGUUUUGAUAACUCUAGGUCUGUGCUUCUUGGAAAACAGGUAUCAAGAAUGUUUUCAAAAUUUUCAUUAGAUUUUUUAAUUAAAAAUUUAACGCUUCUGUAUUUUUCAAAAAUUUGAUUAGAUUUUCAAUAAAAAAUUAAUCAGCAUUGUAUCGUUUUUCCUCAAUGACAUCAGAACAUAUUAUCGCAAAAAUAACUAUUUUUCAUGU